CAGUUGCUGGAGCCUGAGUGUCUGGCUCUGAGAUGGGAAGGAUACAGCCAGGCGGGAAGCGGGCACCAAGGCCUGAAAAUGGGGCAAGGGUGGGGGCCAUGGCAAGCUCUGAGCUGGCAGGGCAUCAGGAAGGUCAUGGAUCAGGGCAGGGACUCAGGUGUCUCUGAGGCCCUGAAGAGGGUUAUGACCUCUGAGCUACUUACCUUUAGCUUACCCUCAGGUAUGUCAAUGCCCCUCCCUUGGGCAAGGGCUGGCCAGGCCUACAGGUAGGAGGGUGCAGACAGACAGACAGCCUCCUCCAUGCUGCCAGUUGGGACCUGGCCAGGCUAACAGGCACACCCCUCCCCGCCCCAUGGCCCUUCCAGCCUCAGCAGCCACCUUGAAGGGUUCCCAGGGGGUAGGCCACCUGGCCCUGGCCAUCUCUAGGUUGGGAAGUGGGCGUCUGUGCCUUUAAAUUCUCAGCAGGUUGAAACGGCUGAUGACAUCACUGGUUCCCGGGAGCGGAGAGGCUGGAGCCAGAGCCCUGGGAGCCCGGGAGCUGCCGGGGGCUGCAGACAUGGAGGGCCAGAGCAGCAGUAGCCGCAGGAGGCCAGGGACCCGGGCUGGCCUGGGCCCCUUGCCCAUGCCCCAUGGGGUUUCCCAAACUGGGGCACCCUCCAAGGUGGAUUCAAGUUUUCAGCGCCCAGCAAAGAAGAAUGCAGCCCCAGUGCCCUCGGAACCAAGGCUGGCUCUGGUACCUGUGAGGCCACGAGCAGCGAUGCCACCUUCCUCAGAGGGCCCAAGGCUGGCUCUGGCAUCUCCCCGACCCAUCCUGGCUCCACUGUCUACCCCUGGAGGACAGAAAACAGCUCCUGCCCGCCGCAGCUCCAGCCUAGCUCCAACAUCUGUGGGCCAGUUGGUGAUGUCUGCCUCGGCUGGGCCGAAGCCCCCUCCAGCGACCUCAGGCUCGGUCCUGGCUCCGACAUCCCUAGGGCAGCUGGUGAUGUCUGCCUCAGCCGGGCCGAGGCCUCCCCUAGUCACCAUGGGGCCCAGGGACCAGAAGCAGGCGCCACCUGCCUCCGUGGGACCCAAGCCAGCACUGGCCGCUUCGGGCCUGAACCUGGCCCUGGCAUCUGAGGAAAAGCCCCCACAGCCCCCCUCCAGUUCUUCCCCAGCACCCAGUCCAGUUCUGUUGCCCUCUCAGGAACAGGCCCUGGCUCCAGCAUCCAAAACAUCAGCCCCAGCCUCCGUGGGAUGGACACCAGAUAAACAGAGGGCUGCCCCAGCGCCUAGAACUCUCCCCUCUUCUGAAGGGCAUCUCCAGCCUCCCGCUCAGGAAGCUGGUCCUGUGGGCUCCCGAUCCUUGAUCCAAGCCCCCCCGGAUCCCCGGAUCUCCCCCUCCUUCAGAGCCCGGCCUGAGGCCCCCCGCAGCAGCCCUGAGGAUCCUGUCCUGCCCCGGCCACCCCAGACCCUGCCCCUGGAUGUGGGCCAGGGCCCUCCAGAGCCUGGCACUCGCUCCCCAGGACUUCUGUCCCCCACCUUCCGGCCAGGGGCCCCCUCAACCCAAACCAUUCCUCCAACUCUGCCCAAGCCGCCCCGUUCUCCCAGCCGUUCCCCCAGCCGCUCCCCCAACCGCUCCCCCGGUGUCCCCUCAGCCCCUGAGAUGGCCCUCCCCAGGGCUGGCACCCAGGGUGCAGGGCCUGGCAGGCACCUGAGCCCCAGCCUUCAGCCUCAAGAAACCCCAGCCCUGAUCACCACCUCCCCUUCGACAUCCACCUCGUCAUCCUCCUCUUGGUCAGCUCAGCCCACCUGCAAGAGCGACCCCGGCUUCCGGAUCACUGUGGUCACGUGGAAUGUGGGCACUGCCAUGCCCCCCGACGAUGUCACCUCCCUCCUCCACCUGGGCAGCAGCAGCGAUGACAGUGACGGGGCAGACAUGAUUGCCAUAGGGUUGCAGGAAGUGAAUUCCAUGAUCAACAAGCGGCUCAAGGACGCGCUCUUCACAGACCAGUGGAGCGAGCUCUUCAUGGACGCACUGGGGCCCUUCAACUUCGUGCUGGCUUCUGUUGCCGGGUGCGUGAAAUGGGAGGAUGGAGGAGCAGACCUUAAGGACCGGAAAAGUCGGGGGCGGGGGAGUUGUGUCCUGUCCCUCAGCCACAUCGCCUCCUGCCGCAGGCUUCUCCUCUGGCUGGCUGGCCCCGCACCUCUCCACGCCCCGCCCAGUGUCUCACCGCCUCACCUAGGCCACGCCCAUGACCCGCCUACACUGCUUCCCAAGGGCAACAAAGGUGGAGUGAGCGUGCGACUGGCAGCCUUCGGGCACAUGCUCUGCUUCCUGAACUGCCACCUGCCAGCGCACAUGGACAAGGCCGAGCAGCGCAAGGACAACUUCCAGACCAUCCUCAGCCUCCAGCAGUUCCAGGGGCCCGGCGCGCAAGGCAUCCUGGAUCACGACCUUGUGUUCUGGUUCGGAGACCUGAACUUCCGCAUCGAGAGCUACGACCUGCACUUUGUCAAGUUUGCCAUCGACAGUGACCAACUCCAUCAGCUCUGGGAGAAGGACCAGCUCAACAUGGCCAAGAACACCUGGCCCAUCCUGAAGGGCUUCCAGGAAGGGCCCCUCAACUUUGCACCUACCUUCAAGUUUGAUGUGGGUACUAACAAAUAUGAUACCAGUGCCAAGAAGCGGAAGCCAGCUUGGACAGACCGUAUCCUAUGGAAGGUCAAGCCUCCAGGUGGGGGUCCUAGCCCCUCAGGACGGGAGAGCCACCGGCUUCAGGUGACCCAGCACAGCUACCGCAGCCACAUGGAAUACACAGUCAGUGACCACAAGCCCGUGGCUGCCCAGUUCAUUCUGCAAUUCGCCUUCAGGGAUGACAUGCCACUGGUGCGGCUGGAGGUGGCAGACGAGUGGGUGCGGCCAGAGCAGGCUGUGGUGAGGUACCGCAUGGAAACAGUGUUCGCCCGCAGCUCUUGGGACUGGAUCGGCUUGUACCGGGUGGGUUUCCGUCACUGCAAGGACUAUGUGGCUUAUGUCUGGGCCAAACACGAGGAUGUGGACGGGAACAUCUUCCAGGUGACAUUCAGUGAAGAGUCGCUACCCAAGGGCCAUGGAGACUUCAUCCUGGGCUAUUACAGCCACACCCACAGCAUCCUCAUUGGGGUCACUGAGCCCUUCCAGAUCUCGCUGCCUACCUCAGAGUCGGCCAGCAGUAGCACAGACAGCUCAGGUGCCAGCUCGGAGGAUGAGGAUGACAGCACCCUGGAGCUGCUUGCACCCAAGUCCCGCAGCCCCAGCCCUGGCAAGUCUAAACGGCACCGCAGCCGCAGCCCGGGCCUGGCCCGCUUUCCCGGCCUCGCCCUGCGACCCUCAUCCCGUGAACGCCGUGGCACCAGCCGCAGCCCCUCGCCGCAGAGCCGCUGUGUGCCUAGGGUGGCCUCUGACACGGGCAGUGAUGGUAGCAGCUGGGGCAGUAGUGAGGAGGGGCCCUCUGGGCUGCCUGGCACCUGGGCUUUCCCAUCAUCUGUGCCUCGAAGCCUGGGCUUGCUGCCUGCCUUGCGCCUGGAGACUGUAGACCCUGGGGGUGGCGGCCCCUGGGGACCUGAUCGGGAGGCUUCAGCCCCCGACAGCCUAUCUCCCAGCCCCCAGGGCCGGCAGGGGUUAGAGGAAGGGGGCCUGGGGCCCUGAGGGUGGGGUGGACAGGAGGGCCCAGGUGGCCCCCACUCUGCCCCAAUCUUCUGUAAAUCCACCUGCCUUCCUCCUGCUGCUACUCCAGCUUAAUUCGCACCUGCCACUCUGUCCUGGCCAGGGGUGGCCAACUGGGGUCCUCCAAACUCAGUCCUGGCACCUCAACUGUGACAAUCAGCAAAGCCCUAUAUGAGCCCCCAUCUGGGAUGGGGGCGUGACCUGGAGGUCAUCGAUUAGGAAUUAAAUUC